UAUUCUUGUUUAAGGUCUAUUUAAGUGUCACUGUGGAAAGUUAGAUACUUCUUCAAGAGUUGAAUUUAGGUAGGUCGUGUGUUGAUAAACAGCUUUGUUUUGUUUUGAUGGGGUGUUCGAGGUUUCCAAGAUGGGAUUGUAGUAUUAACUUUUCCAUGUUGAGAUUUAUGAGAAAGUGAAAGGGCAUUCAUUUUUCUUCUGGACCUUGAAUUACCUGUGCAGUGUGGUAUUUGUGGCUCUUGAGACAUUCAAUGCUGAAGACUUUUUUUUUUAUUAUUUGGUGGAAACAGGGGAAACUUCUUGAAGCUUACAGUAAAAAGAAACAGGUACAGAAUUUUUCUAUGUGUUGAGGUUUCAAAGAAGCCUGUGACUUGGAAGCAGGGGAAACUUCUUGGAGUUCACAGUGAAAAGAGACAGACAACUGAGUGAAUCACCCUACCAAAAUGAUGACUGAAGAAGAUGAUACAAAUCCAGCUAGGCCCAAGAUGAAACUUCCUUUUUUCAUUUUCUUCAAGGAUGCCAGACAUGUUUUUAAACUGGAUGAACUUGGAUCAGAGAUAGCACAAAUUGCAUUGCCUGCUGCACUGGCUUUGACAGCUGACCCUAUUGCUUCUCUUGUUGACACAGCAUUCAUUGGCCAAAUAGGUCCUGUCGAACUCGCUGCUGUAGGAGUUUCUAUUGCCUUGUUCAAUCAAGUCUCCAGAAUUGCAAUCUUCCCUCUGGUCAGUGUCACAACAUCUUUUGUGGCUGAGGAAGAUACAAUUGGAGGAAUGAGCUCUGAAUCACAAGAAAGUGAAUACUUGGAAACAGGUUCAUGCGUAAAUACUGAAAAUAAAGAGUUAAUACCACAAAAAGGAUGCAGUUUUGACACUGCUAAAUUUGAGCCCAAAAGAAGGCAUAUCCCAUCAGCUUCAUCAGCACUGGUUAUUGGUGGCAUCCUCGGUCUCCUCCAAGCCAUAUUCCUGAUUUCUGGAGCAAAACCUCUAUUGAACUUCAUGGGAGUCAAUUCAGAUUCACCCAUGCUAAACCCUGCACAGCAGUACUUAACAUUAAGGUCACUAGGUGCUCCUGCAGUUCUUCUUUCGUUAGCCAUGCAAGGCGUUUUUCGAGGAUUUAAAGACACAAAAACUCCUUUAUAUGCCACUGUGGCAGGAGAUGUAACAAACAUCAUAUUGGACCCAGUAUUUAUUUAUGUUUUCCGUUUGGGUGUCAGUGGUGCAGCCAUAGCUCAUGUGAUAUCUCAGUACCUCAUUUCAGUUAUACUUUUGUGGAAAUUAAUGAGUUCUCUAUUGUUAAUAAGAGUUAUGGCUGUUACGUUCUGUAUCACCCUUUCUGCAUCAAUGGCUGCCAGACAAGGAUCAACAUCCAUGGCUGCAUUUCAAGUAUGCUUGCAAGUUUGGUUGGCGACUUCUCUUCUUGCUGAUGGGUUGGCUGUCGCUGGACAGGCAAUACUUGCAAGUGCAUUUGCAAAAAAGGACUAUGAUAAGGCAACAGUCACUGCAUCUCGAGUAUUGCAGUUAGGAUUGGUUCUAGGAUUGAUACUUUCAGUCAUACUUGGAGGAGGACUGAGUUUUGGAGCAAAAUUAUUUACAAAAGAUGUCAAUGUUCUUCACCUCAUUGGCACAGGCAUUCCAUUUGUUGCAGCUACUCAGCCCAUCAAUUCUUUAGCAUUUGUUUUUGAUGGUGUCAACUUUGGAGCAUCUGACUUUGCAUAUUCUGCCUUCUCCUUGGUUCUUGUUGCCAUUGUCAGCAUUAUGUGUUUGUCUGUUCUCUCCUCCAGUUAUGGAUUCAUUGGACUGUGGAUAGCUCUCACCAUAUAUAUGAGUCUUCGAGCAUGUGCUGGAUUUUGGAGGAUAGGGACAGGAACAGGGCCUUGGAAGUUUCUCAGGAGCUGAAUGUAGCUUUGCCUUUCUGGUUUUGACAAGUAUUAUAAGCUUUUCAAGUCUUCCUCCUAAGCACCUGCAUUCAUGACUCUUGUUUGCGUAAUUUUCUUCUCAUUAAAACAAUUUUAGCAGCCAAUGCAAAAGCAUAUUUCACUGCUAAUUUUUAAUUAUCAUCAUGCAUGCAUGCUCUUAGCUUUGGUUCCUUGAAACUUUCUUCUAAUAUUUAUCUGCACGGAAAAUUGAAAAGAAAAUUUAAUAUAAAAAGUUCACUGUUCAAUUCAGAUGCUGAGAAGCAUUGAUGCAUUGCUUGGAAUUGUUAUGCCUAAUUUUCUUUUUCAGAAGAAAGCAGCAUGGAUGCAUGUUAUAUUUAAUAUUUCUAUCCUCUUCAUAACUUCUACAAACAUCAAACUCAUGUUUUAAUCAUUGUUUUAAAGAAAUCAAGAUUACGUUUACUGCAAUAUUUACUACUUCUUUUGAUGAAUUAAUAAUUCUAAUAAUC